UAGAGAAGUCAUUUUUCCAUCCGUAGAGUUUCUGCAGAAUGGAAACUCUGAUUAAGUUUUCUGUUGCGCUGAUACUUUUGUGUUUCAUCUCUGAAGGCACGUCAGAGAACAAAUGUUCACCAAAUGACAUAACUGUGAAGCAAAACCAGACAGGAACAAAGGUAAAAGGAACAAAGCCUGAAUUUCAAGUGACUCUGUUCAAUGCCUGCCCUUGUCUGGUGGCCAAUGUGAAAUUGACAUGCAAUGGAUUCCACACAGUGGAGAAUAUUCCCCCAAACGUUCUGGUUGUGAAUGGUGGGGAAUGUUCUCUCCCUAAGGGUUCAUUCAUCGCCCCAUUUUCGGGCUAUGUCUUCAGUUAUGCCUGGGAUUCUGAGUAUCAGUUUAAUGUCAAGCCGACCGGGGUCACAUGUGUGUAAGGAAUCUAACGUCUCACUUUAUCAACCACUUUCUUAUUAUCUUGUUAUUUAGUUGAGGGAUUUUGAUAAUGAGAACUUGUGAAAAGUCCAUUCCGUAUUGAAAUUCGCAGAAUCUGAAUACAUCAAAAAGUUAUCAAGUUUUUGAGUCCAUGAGGCGCACCAAAUUA